ACCCACUUAACCCACCGUUAAACCAGGAGCCCACUACGAGACAACUAGUUAGCGUUUAGCUUAAAAUAGCUUCCUGGCUCGAGAAACCCUGCGUGGCGGCAAAUUGACGUCGCUCUCGCAGUUUUAGACAUCUCCAGACGUUGGCUCGGACUUCUCUCUUCGACUCUUCAGGCAAAAUGGGGAAACAGAACAGCAAGCUGACCCCCGAGGUGAUGGAAGAUCUGGUGAAGAAUACAGAAUUCAAUGAACAUGAGCUAAAGCAGUGGUACAAGGGUUUCCUUAAGGACUGCCCCACUGGACGUCUUAACCUAGAGGAGUUCCAGCAGCUCUAUGUCAAGUUCUUCCCUUACGGUGACGCGUCCAAGUUUGCCCAGCACGCCUUCAGGACUUUUGACAAGAACGGCGACGGCACCAUCGACUUCAGAGAGUUCAUCUGUGCGCUGUCCAUCACGUCACGGGGCAGCUUUGAGCAGAAGCUCAACUGGGCCUUCAACAUGUAUGACCUGGAUGGAGAUGGCAAGAUAACACGGGUGGAGAUGCUGGAAAUCAUCGAGGCAAUCUACAAAAUGGUGGGCACGGUGAUCAUGAUGAAAAUGAAUGAGGAUGGGCUGACGCCUGAGCAGCGGGUGGACAAGAUCUUUUCCAAGAUGGAUAAGAACAACGAUGACCAGAUCUCGCUGGAAGAGUUCAAAGAGGCGGCCAAGAGUGACCCCUCCAUCGUAUUACUCCUGCAGUGCGACCUCCAGAAAUAAGGUGAAGGCUGAGCGGAGCAACCCCGACGAGAUGACACCGCCGCUGCCACCACGGACUGCAAAGAAAAGAAUUUCAUGUUCCAUUCAGUUUGCAGCUAUUUCCACUGAACAACUACAGAAAAUCAAAUGCUCGGACAACCUCUCAAUGGAUCUUGCUUCUUGUGUUUGAAACACUCGUGUGCAUGAGAAUGUUAUUUGCUUUUAUCGAAAACGGAAAUAAACACACACAAAAUAUGCCACUGUAUAUUAAUGACACGCACAAAUCAUAUAUAAAUAUAUAUAGUGACAACUUUGAAGAUCAAAUACCAAAAUGUGAAGUGUGCUGGUUUUUUUUCCCCCACUCAAGUUUCAUUCUAUCGGAACAUCAAUGAUGUGCCACACUAGAUUUGCCGCUAUACUCUAUUUGUUGUUCCACUGAUCCUAGCUUUACGUGUUUAUGAAAGUCAACCAAACCAAAUUCCUAUGUUCAUGCAUAUGCCUCUAUCUGUCAAAUAUUAGCUCUAGUUAAUAAAACAGACAAGUUGGGUUGUCUGGCAUUUCCUCCUCAAACAUGCUUGUACUGUCAGUUGAAACAACUAUAAAACUACAAGAAAAGAAAAUUUGUAAAUACAUUUAAUUUGCAUGCCGUUACGUUCUGCCUUAAAACUCUCGUCAUUUUGCAUCCUGCGAUCGAAGACAAGAAAGCCUUAUCAAAGCUGUUACCUGUGAAGAAAAGUGUCUGUGGGAAAAGGGCGGGGAAACCACAUUAUUGUGGGACGUCACGUGUGACCAUUUUUUUUUCCUGACUGCUUUAACUGUGGGAGCAUGUGACCUUGUAGAUUAGCUUUAGUCAAUGUCGCUAAAAACAUAAGCCUGAACCUUGAGUGUCAAAAACAAACCUUCAUUUAUCAAUGCAUACAGGUGAUUUGAGAAGAGAUUUAAAGUGGAAAAUGAAAAUCCAUCACAAGCAAGUUGGAUUCAAGUUGGGAUAAAAAUGUACUCUUCUCUUUUAUCUCUGGAGAAAUUGUUCAAAGUAGGUUACUUAAAUAAGUGUGCACUUACACAGGUUCUUCUGCCAUACCAUGCUUCAGCAAAAUUUUGUUAUGGCUGUCAAUAACUGGUGAGAGGGAGGAAUAAAAAGCACGUUAUACCCACCCUUGUGUUGUGUGUGUUUGUGCUAAUGCAUGAACAAGCAUACCAUGGUUGGGUCAGGUUGCGCUUCAGGUGCCAAACAGGCCAAGACACAGGCCAAAGUUAAACAUCUUUGGUCAAGGUGAUCUUGUUUUCAGAAUUAUGUGAUCCAGACUGAAUGAAAUGGUACAUUUCAGUUUGUCCUGGUGGCUUUAAGAUUAAACAACAAUCAAUUCCACAUAAUUGAGAUUCUGACCCAACUAUUGAUUAAUUUUGUUAUGCUCAUCAGUCAUUCCGAGCUUUAGUUUCACCUUCAUAGGCAUCAUCAAGAACAUGCAACUUGCAUAUCAGUUCAAUUCAUAAAGAAAUGAGGCCUCCAUUCAAACAGCCGUUUUCCCAAUGCGCCAACAAAUCUUUGUAAGUCAAAAAGAGGAUAUCGCUACCUGUAGAGCCACAUGAAAAAAACUUUCCACCAUCAAACUAAACAUUUUUGUACUAUUUUAUUACGAGUGUCUCUCUCUCAUUGUAUGGAUGCAAAGUAGCCAGUGUUGCAAAGGUCAACGGAAAUGCAUCAUAAUCUUUCAGUAGAUAUGUUCAUCUUGCCCUUGUUAUGAGCUGCUUUAAUGCAACACAGCCAAGUGUUUUACUACCCAAUAUGUCCUGAUGUAUAGCAGAAUUCCUCAGCAAUGUGGCUUGUCCUUCUAGGUUAUAAUUUCUUGAACCUUUUGGUAUAUUUUCUUUUUUUUUGGAGGGGGGGGUGUUUCUAACAAGUCUGUUAUUGCAAAGAUCAAGAUACCAAAUGUAAGCAAAAGGCUAUUGUGUAGGAUUCUUUUGUAGCAUGUAUUGUGUUCCUGAUGACAUGGCUGCACUACACCCUGUCUUGUGAUUUAAUCUAAUAAAAGGAACUCUAUGGGCCGUUUCAACACUA